CAGUGUUCCUCUGUCUCUCUCUAUGUCCUCUAGCUAGCACAGAGGCGAUCGAGGCUGCCCCGGCAGCUAGCUACAAAUUUAACAAAAGGGUUAGGAGCAGUGGGAUUUGGUAGCUAGGGUUGGUGCCUUGUUGCCUUGUAGCUAGCAGCAGCUUGGAGUUGAGGCCAAAAAAUUGCCAAUUCUGCUUGAAUUGGACUCCAUGGGGAGGGCUCCAUGCUGUGACAAGAACAACGUCAAGAAGGGGCCUUGGUCGCCUGAGGAGGAUGCCAAGCUCAAGGAGUUCAUAGAGAAGCAUGGCACCGGCGGCAAUUGGAUUGCUCUCCCUCAGAAAGCAGGAUUGAGGAGAUGUGGAAAGAGCUGUAGGCUUAGAUGGCUAAACUACCUGAGGCCCAAUAUUAAGCAUGGGGAGUUCACAGAGAACGAAGACAGGGUCAUCUGCAGCAUGUUCGCCAGUAUUGGAAGCAGGUGGUCAAUAAUCGCGUCGCAGCUCCCCGGCCGGACGGACAACGACAUCAAGAACUACUGGAACACCAAGCUGAAGAAGAAGCUCAUCGGCGCCGGCGCCGCGCCGCCGCGCGUCCAGCGGCACCAGAACCACCACCACCGGCCUCUCAGCAUGCUCCCACACACCACGCCGUCGUCCUUCUACUCGGCCGGUGGCUUCUCCUCCGCCGCCGGCGGCGCCGGCUUCCAUCAGGACCCGGCCAUGCCGACGCUAACCCUGCCGACCACCGCCCAGGAGUACCUGGUGAGCUCUCCUCCUGGCCUUCCCAUGGCGAGCGCCACCGCGCUGCUGCACCACCUGCACGGUGCAGCGGCAACAGCGCAUCACCACCAGCUGCAGGUGAAGGAGGAGAGCAGCAACAUGAUCGUGUUCGGCUCCGACCAGCAGAGCUGCAGCUCUUCCGACGGGAUGCCACACGGCGGCCACCAUGGCCGGGAGCUGAUGAUCUUCGAUGGCUACAGCUAUGGCGGCUACGGCAGCUGCAUCGACCAAGUGGUCGACAACAAGCUGUUCCAGCAGCAGGACCAUCAAGCAGCACAGCCGCCGCUUGAGUACAACUUCGACGAGAUCAAGCAGCUGCUCAUGAACACGACGACGAAUGCUGCUCAGGAUCAUGGCGGCAGCAUUGAAGGGAUGAUCGCGUCACAGGGGAAGGUAACCAUGAUGUAA